CCUGUACGUCAGUUUACGUCAAUAGAGUAAUGGUGGUGUUGACCUGGAGAAUUUUAUAAGCUUUUGUUCAGUGUAGUUGUCGCUUAUUUUUAUCCUAUAUUCUUACACAAUUGCAUUUUAAAAAUUUAUGUGUUAUCGUAUAAUUAUGUGUUAAACUGGAAAAUAUCCUAAAGGAUUCUCAAAUGAUUCCUAAUUUUUGUUUGUGUUUGUUUAGUUGUCAUUAGGAUAUUAAACUGGUAUUCCAGUACCAUGAAGAUAUAUUAGAUAUUGUUCAUGUUUAGUUUUAAAUUAAACUAUCAAAAUGCUUUAUGUGUUCCAUGUGGACGCUGGUCAAAUGACCACAUAUGACAUGAACCUAACCUUGCAGAGUGUGGCUAAUUUAAAACUUGCUAUAGAGAGGAAAAUCAAAGUUCCAGCAAAUUCUCUUGUCCUCCUUGUGAGUGGAGGCGAGGUGUUACAAUCAGAUCACAUAGUGUCAUCAUACAGUGCUGGCACUGACACUAAUCCUAUAUACAUGUUCAGCAAACCAUCAGUAAAGGAUAGUCGGCUGAAACAGUCCCUUGUGGGUGAUCUCAGUCCAAUCGUAGAAUUGAGUACAGGAGCGUUCCGUAGUGAGAGUCGUAGUGCUUUCGAAGGCAAAUCAAUUGUUGACUUGAGGAGUUCAGUGGAGAUUUGCUGUUCGUUACCAGCUACUGUCCACACGGUUAUAUCAUGUGCAACAUUAGCACAACAGUUUAGUGACCUUGCUCAUGAAGUGUCCAGGAGUUGUGACCAGCUUGUUCUGGAACAGCAUUUGCAGCAUCAGGGUUGGGCAGCAGUUGUUGCUAACCUAGAAGAUAUCUACAGUGAAUUUUGUGAACGGUCAAAGAGUUUCAAAGAAUCAUUUCGGAAACAUCGUCUAAAAAAGGAAGAAUAUCAUGAUAUGUUAAAUACACUCAAUGACGUAUUAAAAAGUUUAAAGAAGAUCCCAAUCCUCCCUGCGCUUCAAUUACACGCGGAAGCGCAUCGGUUCUCAGCAUUCGAUGUGUUCGAGGAGACAGACUUCGAGGGGCAUCAUUACAGAAUCAAUCAACCUUUAGACAACAGUUCGGAGAACAGAGCGUAUCAAGAUUUCGGUGUUGAAGCGUUCAAAUUGUCUGAAGAAGAUGUUUUUAAUCAAAAAAAUCCAUCAACAAGUAAAGAAGCGGAAUCUUCGGAAGGAGUUCCACAGAGUGAAGAAUCAGAUGAUGGCAUAUUGUUUAAGACUCAUUCAUAUGAUGGCAAAGAUCAACCAACCUUGUUACAUUGGAUACUUGCUCAAGGGAAUAAAGCUUCUUUGCAAGAUAUCUUAGAUUACUGUGAAAAAGGAUUAGCUUUGAUCGACGCAGAGCCAUUGAAAGAAAGAGAAGCAGAGUUAUAUCAUAUACUGGAGUACGCGAAUAUGCACGGCUUGAAGCAGAUUAAGGGCAUCGAGGAUCGUCUGUAUGGAUUGGACCAGCUGUUGAGUGAAGUAAAGAAAAUUGAACGCGACCAACAUGAUCAAGCGGCCUCUCUUAUACAGUACCGUGAGCGUCUGAACGCGGCGUGCGACCCGUCCGUGCUGCCGACGCUGGUGCAGUCCCAUUGCUGCCAGCUGGAGAAGCUGCUGAGCGGCCACCAGGUGCUGCUCGACAUCCGCCGACGCAUCGCCAACUCCAAGGAUGAACUCUCACAUAUACUCAAGGCUAGAUUGGAGGCGGUGCUGAUGAUCGAGAACUCGAUGUCGGUGCAGGACGCGCACGCGAUGCUGUCGUUCCAGUGCUUCAACCGGCUGGCGCGCUACUUCGGCAUCGUGGCGCAGCUGCACCACGCGCCCGCCGUCUUCGUGCGCGCCGCACACGAGGUCGCUCGCAGGCGCGCCUUCUCCACCUCGCAUCUCAAGUGGGCGACAGAUCUGGCGGAGAAGUUACAGAAAAUCCACGAAGAAGAAGUGAACCGUCGCCAGGAGUUCAACUCGCUAUUCGAGGGGCACUUCCUGAAGAACCUGUUCCCGGGCAUGACGGAGCUGCCGCCCGCAUACGCCACGCAGGCGCCCGCCGUCUUUGAUGCGAGGUUGCCCAACAUCAGCGAUGAAGAUGUCCACCAUAUAUCUGAUACCUUCCCAGAGUUGGCUAAGGAUGUGCCGCAAUACGAUAUGGAGACCACCGUCAAGUUCUUUCAUCAAAGGUUGACCGCAUCAGAUCAUGAAGAACGAGACAUCGAUAUUCAAGUUGAUCUCGAUAAGGACUUCGAGUCGGAGACAGAAACUGGUGAUUUCGAGAAACUGAGUCGACAAAGCGGUUUGUCGAAGCAAAAGAUGGAUAUGUCGACGACAUGCGCGCCCGACACUCUGGCGGUGUCGACGUUAACAGAGGACAACAUGGACACUCAUAAAAUAAACAUCGAAAAACUUCAAGAAUUUCUAAGUAAAUUAUGCAGUCUUUGUAAAGUGAACAUAAUGUAUAUAAAAGAGGAAUUAGUGAAAUUAAAAGUGGAAAUCGAUGAACAGAAGAAGUACAUGUCUGGGAAAUAUUUGGAAGUUAUAAAAGAAUGGGACAAGAGUAAUUCAGAGUCUGCUAUAAGGUUUCGAGAACAGACGCAAAGGUUAACUGUGGAUCAUGAAUUAGAAAUGAGCGAUAUAAAAGCAUCUUUAAACGACAAAGAUGAAUUAAUCAAUUGCCUUCGAAGAGAAAAUGAUGAAAAUAAAUUGCAAUAUGAAGCGGAUUUAUUAAGACUUGAAACAGAGUGCCAGAGUUAUAAAGCAUUAGUUGAGGAAACUAGAGAACAGUUAAAGGAGGUUGCGAAGACUUUAGAAGAGACGGAAGCACAAAAGCAAAAGAUGCACUUGGACUUCAAAGCGGAGAUAGAAGUGAUGCGUUCACGGUUUAGAUUCGUAGCACUCACAAAUAUGGAUAGAUCGCCGUCAGAGUCAAGUUUAGAGAAGAUCGAGCGCGCUGAUGUUAUAGAGAUCAACAGCCACAACGCAAUAGUGAUGCAGACGAAGGAAAAUGCCGAGGUGGAGAAAGAGGAGGCGGUCAGAGUCGCCGUGGAGAAGUGUAGGGCGGAGUGCGAACAGAAGAUUAGUGCAGAAGUCGCAUCAUUGAAAGCGAAAUUUGAAGCUGAUAAGCAGGUGACGGUGAACGAGGUGACACGUCGCUUGCUGGCAGAGAAGGACCGGCAGCUGGAGGCGGGCCGCGAGCGCGAGGCGGCGCUGGUGCGGGAGUGCGGCAAGCACCGCGACACCAUCCGACAGCUCACCGACCCCGACACCGACACCGCCGACACCUUGCUCAAGACACAGCUUGCGACACUCGAGAACGAGAAAGCGGCACUUCAAACUCAAAUUGCGGAUCUGAAGAAGGAGCUAGAAAAGAAGAACGAUGAGGGAGACAAAAGUAGAGAGGAUGACAGUGAAGGAAGCCGGUCGUCGGGCGUGCGCGAGGAGGGCGCGCGGCGCGGGCGCGCGCGCUGCCACACGCCGUGCGGGCUGGCGGCGGGCGCGCUCAGCCUGUCCUCCUGCCUGCCCGGACACACCGUGCUGCUGCUGUGGGACCCCGCGCACAACAACUACACCGUCAUGCAGGAGGCGUCGAUGAUGUACUUCGUGCACAGCGACUGCCUGCCGGCGCUGGACCUCAGCAUCCACGUGAAGAACGAGAGCGAGCGCCGCCUCUACACCGUCGCCACCGUCGACUCCAAGGAAUUCUGCUACGCUAAGAAGAACGGCAACCGGUACCAGAUGCCGCGCGGGUCGCGCUUCUACCGCGUGCGCGUGCGUCCGCUGCGCCCGCACCUGCCGCCGCCGCCCUGCUGCGACUUGCGCCACCGGCAGGAUGCAAUGAAGGGCGGCGUUCUGUCCAUGCUCGCUGAGAACAGACCGCUCAAGAAGUGGUUGACCUACAUGCAUGCUCCAGGUCUUCCGCCUUUAUACUUCAUACUUCACUAUACAUCACUCAAUAUUCAAAAAUCAGUGGACACAAGUCAGUCAACGAGCUCUAACACGGACGAGGCGUGUCGUGUGGGCGGGGCAGGGGCGGGGGGCGGCGAGGUGGCCACCGCCACUCUCAUCAACUUGGAGUCCCCGGUGGCGGAUGAGGGCGAGGGUGAGGGGCAGACGGAGGCGGAGGACCAGCUCGACUCCAUCGAGGCCAGCGACCAGUGGAACAGCGCCAGGAUGCACAUGUCUACUGUCAGCGCUGUUACGGACAUGGAGUGCAGCGUGGGGCGCUGCGCCGGCGCGGAGCUGGAGCUGGCGCAGGAGGCGGCGCCCUGACAGCGCGCCACGCCCCCGCGCACCGCCCUCGCCCCCUCACCCGCACCCGCCCCCACACCCAUACCUGCGCACACACCCACACCCGAACCCACACCUACAUCCGCCCCAACACUCACAUCCACACCCGUCCCCACACCCACACCCCCACACAACACCUAGCACAUAACAAACACAUGACAUAUGUAUAACAGUGAAACUGACAAACUAACUAUAAACUCUAUAAGCUGCUUCAAUUACAGAAGACUGUGUUGCCACAAAAUGGAACAAAAUUUCCGACAAAUUGAUUAACAUUACACGCUUGAUGUCCAUGAAGAUCACAAAAUCUUCAUCGUCGAUCGUCUUUGAAGCGCAUUAUAUGUCCAAGUUUCACUUAACAUAUGGAAGUGUUAUUCGGUGACUGAAAUAUAUCGUUAUGUGAUGAGUACAACGCCAAUUAGAGAUAACCAGUUGUCGGGAGACCGAUGAUAUAUCACUAAAAUAAGACGGAGCUCUAAAUAACUUGAAGAGAACUAUAUUUUUCAACAGAAUAUCGAAAAUAUAAGAAUGAAGAAUUGACUUUGGAUAUAAAAUGGUAACGUUUUGUAAGGUGAACGGCAUGUGACGCGAUUUUGUCUUACCUCGAAAAUGCGACUUCACUGAAGUGCGACUAGUCGCAUUGCGAUUGUCGCAUUUGUCGAAAUAAUUUGGGAAUAAAUAUUUUUAAGUAUGGUAAUGGUACCAUCAAAGUGAUAUACAUUGAAAGCAAUUGCCUGUUGAUGAUAUUUAUAAUGAAUUGUUCUUAUUUAUAUAGGGCUUGUAAUUUUCUAGGGAUGGCUCCAUUUUAAGCAAUCUCUUAAAUAUUAAAUUAGUCUGUAUAUUAAUAAUGCAGUUAAUAUUUUCUUAUGCAAUUUUCUUGUGAAACUCGUGAAUUAUAUUAUAAAUUAUGAAUUUUAAUAUUUUUAAAUGCUGAAUGACAAGAAAUGUCUUCCACAGCGAAGGUUAUAAAAAUAGAACAUAUAAUUAGGUGUUGCCAUAUACAAAAUUUACUAAAUUCCUUCAAGUCUCUGCUACUAUCUUAAUCUCCUAAUCUAAAUCUUAAAACUGCGACAUUUUCUUACAUAUUCCUUAAUAAUUUAAUAAAAAUUACGUUUUAUUUUGUGACUAAUUAGUGUGUAUAUUCGUUUGAAAUAUUUUUUAAAGUCAUGAUUUCUGAG